GGGAGGAACGGGAGGAGCAGGAGGAGGGGAGAUGGGGAGGGUCAGCCUCAAGGGGCAGGGCGGGGCCUCUGGGAAGCAGGAAGUGACGAUCUCCCCGAGUCCCACCUCCGCCUCCACUUCCAAAGAUGUUCCUACCUUGGCUCCUUAUACCGUCUCUUAACUUCCUGUGCCCUGCGCCUCAGGCCUAGGUUAGAGCCCGGAGCCGAUUGUGGCGUGAACCUUGGCUGGCGCUGAGAUCGAAUUCUCCCUUUUACGAAGUCUCUUUGGGGCAGACCACCUCCCGCCUGUGCCUACUUGAGCCUAAUUCCUGGAUCUCCCCCCCACCCCCCAACCCGGGAGCCAUUCCUUCCCCUCCCGCCAAGUCCUGAGACUCUGGAGCUGGGCUGGGCUGGCUGGGUCCAGAAAGUACUUGGAGAUGGAGCGGAGUCAGACUGUCAGGGCAGGGGUGCGGAUUUCCUGCGGGAUACAAUAUAUCCCUGUGGCUACUCUGGUCUCUGGCAGAGGUUGGCUGUGGCCUCCUCCUUCCUCUUCGGGAUCUUCUUUCCUGCCUAGAGGGAGUGUCCAAGGGGCCAGUACAGGGUGCAGUUUUACCGCACCUUGUAAGGACCUCCUCCUGCCUCCCAGCCUCUGGGCCCCAGACCCUCAAGAUCCUGCUCCACCCCCCGCCCCCCUUGGGCAGCCUCUGCUUCAAUCACCCCAAGCAUGCUCUAUUCCAGUGUAGGGGUUAAAAUUAGGAGCUGGACAAAGAUAGGAGAGAAGUUUAACAAGGCUUUGUUUUAAUGGAGAAAAAAUAGAAAGACAGAAGAGAUUUAAGGAUCUAUUUUAGUGCUACCUAAAACCUACUUAAAACUUUUUAUAUCAACCUAUAAACCACCUAAAAGCUACCCUUUGAAAGAGUCUCACUAAUGCCUCUUCAGCCUCACUAACUAGGCCCGAACUACACUAUUAAUCUCUCUCUAUUUUAACUCACUCAACAAACAAAGGACAGCUGCCCCAAUUCACACUCUCCUUCCAUGGGAUUCUCCAGCAGCCAAACUGUCCUCAUCCAGAGCCAGCAGAAGCACCUGCUCUCAGGAAAGGGAGCCUGGAGUGCCAGGGAUGGCCUUGGAGAGGGACAGACUACCAGUCCAGGAAGAAGACAACAAUCAUGUCAAUUUCAUUAAUAAGGGAUGUUGUUGAGAGAAGUCAUGCAAAGGAGGCUAAGUGGGCAAUUCCAUCCUACCAAAGAGCCACUUUGUGACAUCUUGGCUUUCAUGAGUGACCUUGUCAAGACGUCUUGGCCUGAUAGCUCCCAGCAGGAGGCCGUGACGUUCAAGGAUGUGGCUGUGGACUUGACCUGGGAGGAGUGGUGCCUCUUGUCCUCUCCCCAGAAGGAGCUGUACAAGGAGGUGAUGCUGGAAAAUGCCCGGAAUCUGCUCUCUUUGGGUGUUCCAACUCCCCAAGAAGAUGUUCUCUCUCAUUUGGAGCAGAGGGAAGCCCUAUGUAUGGUUGAGCAAGAAGGCCUGAGGAGCUGCUGCCCAGAAGGAGAGAUAAGACCCAAAAUGAAGGUGAAUCCAACAGAUGUGAGUCUUCCUGUAGAAAAAAUGGACCUACAAAGAUUCAUGAGUGAUGAUCCCGAUAACAUUGCUUUCAGAGAAUUCUGUGUUGUAUCUCAAAAUUCAACUUAUAUUGAAUAUCAAAGAAUACACACUAAGGAAAAAUCUAGUGAAAGUAAUCAGUGCAGAAAGCCUUUUAUGCAAAGGACCAAUCUUGCUGGAUAUCAGAGCAUCCACACUGGGGAGAGACCUUAUGAAUCCACACAAUGUGAAAAGAUAUUCAAUCAGAGCACUUCCAGUCUUCCUCUACAUCAGAGAGUCCACACUGGCAAAAAUCUUUUUGAAUGCAAGGAAUGUGGAAAGUCAUUCAGUCGGAGAUCCCAUCUUGCUAUACAUCAGAGAAUCCAUACUGGGGAGAAACCUUAUGCAUGCAAUGAAUGUGAAAAGACAUUCACAAAUAGCUCCAGUCUUUCUGUACAUCAGAGAGUCCACACUGGGGAGAAACCUUAUAAAUGCAAGCAAUGUGGAAAGGCAUUCAGUCAGAAGUCCCAUCUUGUUAUACAUCAGAGAAUCCACACUGGAGAGAAACCUUAUGAAUGCAAGCAAUGUGGAAAGGCUUUCAGAAGGAGCUUCGAACUUGCUGUACAUCAGAGAGUCCACACUGGGGAGAAACCUUUUGAAUGCAAUCAAUGUCAAAAGAUUUUUAGACAGGGCUAUGAACUUGCUGUACAUCAGAGAAUUCACACUGGCGAAAAACCUUAUGAGUGCAAGGAAUGUGGAAAUGCAUUCAGUCGGAGUUCCAAACUUGCUGUACAUCAGAGACUCCACACUGGGGAGAAACCUUAUGAAUGCAAUGAGUGUGGAAAGACAUUCACAAAUUGCUCCAGUCUUGCUGUACAUCAGAGAGUCCACACUGGGGAGAAACCUUAUGAAUGCAAGCAAUGUGGAAAGACAUUCAAUUGGACCAGCAAACUUGUUGUACAUCAGAGAAUCCACACUGGGGAGAAACCUUAUGAAUGCAAGGAAUGUGGAAAGACAUUCACAAAUAGCUCCAGUCUUGCUGUACAUCAGAGAAUCCACACUAGCAAAAGACCUUAUGAUUGCAAGCAAUGUGGAAAGGCAUUCAGUCGGAGAUCCCAUCUUGCUUUGCAUCAGAGAAUCCACACUGGGGAGAAACCUUAUAAAUGCAAACAAUGUGGAAAGUCAUUUAGUCAUAAAUCCCAUCUUGCUGUGCAUCAGAGAAUCCACACUGGGGAGAAACCUUAUGAAUGCAAUCAGUGUGGAAAGACAUUCACAGAUAGCUCCAGUCUCGCUGUGCAUCAGAGAGUCCACACUGGGGAGAAACCUUUUGAAUGCAAGCAAUGUGGAAAGAUGUUCAGACAGAGCUCAGAACUUACUGUACAUCAGAGAGUCCACACUGGGGAGAAACCUUUUGAAUGCAAACAAUGUGGAAAGGCAUUUAGUCAGAAAUCUCAUCUUGCUACACAUCAAAGGAUCCACACUGGGGAGAAACCUUUUGAAUGCAAGCAAUGUGGGAAGACAUUCACAUAUCAUUCCAGUCUUGUCCUACAUCAGAGAGUCCAUACUGGAGAGAAACCUUUUGAAUGCAAGCAAUGUGGAAAGACGUUCAGACAGAGCUCCCAUCUUGCUGUACAUCAGAGAAUCCACACUGGGGAGAAACCUUAUGAAUGCAAACAAUGUGGGAAGACUUUCAGACAGAGCUUUGAACUUGUUCUGCAUCAGAGAAUUCACACUGGGGAGAAACCUUAUGAAUUGAAUCAGUGUGGAAAGAUAUUCACAAAUAGUUCCAGUCUUGCUGUACAUCAGAGAGUUCACACUGGGGAGAAACCUCAUGAAUGCAAGCAAUGUGGAUAGAUGUUCAGACAGAGCUCCCAUCUUGCUGUACAUCAUAUAGUCCACAUUGGUGAGAAACCUUAAUGCAAGCAGUGUGGAAAUGCAUUCAGAGCUUUGAACUUGCUCUAUAUCAGAGAGUCCACACUGGGGAGAAAUCUUAUGAAUGUAAGCAAUGUGAAAAACCUUCCAGACAGAACUUUGAACUUGCUGUACAUCAGAGAAUCCACACUGGGUAGAAAAGUUAAGAAUACAAGCUAUGUAGGAAAAUGUUCUUAUGCAGCUACAGUCUUGCAGCUGGCAUGAGUCUGAACUUGUUUCAGAGGUGAAUAUUGAGGGAUGGAAACCAUUGAGUGCAAAUAGGAUGGUAGGUGGAAAAAAGCAGAAAUAUUCAAAAUCAUGAGAUGAGGGCAGAGUGAUGUCUCCUGCACUUCCCCCUGGACUGCUCCCCUGGCCAGCCCAGACAAAGUAGAAAGCCACUGUUGCUUCCUGAGAUGAGAUUUGUGAGUUAGUGGGCAAGAAAUGGUUUUGAUAAACUGAAGCAAGAGCAGAUAUUAAACCUCAUCUCUUUCAGUUUUGUUGCUGGCUGGACUUCCCUGUGAGUAUGGCUUGAGCGCCCUAAUGGCAACCACAGAAUAGCAAGCUAAUUGGAACAGUGAGAAAUUUAUAUCUAUUUUUCCAUCUCUUCCCCCUACUAACUUACAAUAAAUAAAAUUAAUUUAGGGCCAGUCUCAUAAUUAUUUAUCAUACUUUUCAUCACAGAAACCACCGACAUUCACCCUUAGCUCUCAGUUUUCUCAAAAUCAGACAAUUCUCUCUACUAUGUCAUAAGCUCUCCUAAGAUUAGGUCCAAAUGGACAUAUGAUUUAGACAUAAAGUGUAAUCCCAUAAACAAAUUAAGGGAGUAUAGGAUAGUUUAACUUUCAGAUCAAUUUAUUCAUAAUGGAAGAAUUUGUGACUAAGAAAUAUAUAACAUUAAAAGCUGUAAAAUAGGUAAUUUUUAUUAUAUUAAGUUCAAAACUGUACAAACGAAACUAAUGCAACCAAGAAAGGAAAAAUGUAUAGAAAAAAUUUUUUUUGCUGUAUAGAAAUCAUUUGUAAUUAGCAUCAUUUCCUAUAUAAGGUUUUCCCAAAAAUUCCUACAAAGUAAAAAUUAAAAGGUAACAAAUGAUAUUGUAGACUUCAAAAAUGAAAUAAAAUUAUUGACAUUC